AUGCCUCCAUUUCCUUUGCAGGUCCUGAUCCAUGAGAGCAACCAGCUUCUGAGUUUGAUCAUCAACACCUUUUACAGCAGCAAAGAGAUCUUUCUCUGUGAGUUCAUCAGUGACGCCUCUGAUUAUGCGGAUCUCUUUAAGGAAAAGCUUGGGAUUUGUCUUGACAAGGAAGAUGAAAUGGACUGUCUUGUGGCUGGAUCAAAUUUUAUGCUUAAGGCAGUUCACACCGAAGCAUUCACAUACAUGGAUGGUCAUAAGGAAUUUGUGCAGAUUGACCGUGAUGAUCUAUAUCCCUAUAUGCUUGUUAAUAUUGGUUCUGGUGUCAAUAUGAUCAAGGUAGAUGGACCUGGUAAGUUUGAGCGAGUAAGUGGAACCAAUGUUAGUGGCGGCACCUUUUGGGGUAAAGAAUAUUACUUUUGUCUUUGCGCGAUUGUAUCUGGUGAAACUAUGGACAAUUGA